AUGUUUUUAUGAAUUAGCUUUAGCUAGCUGCACGCGGAUCACCGUCGGCAUCGUCCGGACAGCUCUGCCGAAAUCAGAGAUGUCUGUCACCGAGAUGUUCAGCUACAUUCAGGGCUUCCUGAGCGCCGACCAGGACGUCAGAGAGGAUAUCCGUAAGGUGGUCCAGACUUUGGAGCAGACUGCCAGAGAAAUACUCACAGUACUCCAAAGUGUCCACCAGCCGUCUGGAUUCAAAGAAAUUCCCAGUAAAUGUGCGAAGGCGCGGGAGUUGUUCGGCACAGUCAGGACACAAAUUGGCGAGCUGAAAACGAAGUUUCCUGUGGAGCAGUAUUACAGGUUCCAUGAACACUGGCGGUUCGUCCUGCAGCGCUUGGCUUUCUUAGCAACCUUCGUGGUUUACCUGGAGACCGAGACUCUGGUGGUUCGGGAGGAAGUGGCCAAGAUUCUCGGCAUUGAGGUGGUGCGAGAGAAAGGCUUUCACCUGGACGUGGAGGACUACCUGGCAGGUGUGCUGAUCAUGGCGAGUGAACUGUCGCGGUUGGCGGUAAACAGCGUCACAGCGGGAGACUACAACCGGCCGCUGCGCAUCUCCAACUUCAUCAACGAGCUGGACUCAGGCUUCCGCCUCCUCAACCUGAAGAACGACCCGCUGAGGAAGCGCUACGACGGCCUCAAGUACGACGUGAAGAAGAUCGAGGAGGUGGUCUACGACCUGUCCAUCCGCGGGCUGGCCAAGGAGGCCGAGACCGGCGGGGACAAGUAGACCCCGGAGGUUCUGAUCGGCCGCGGGAGACGGAGGAGAGCGCGGCAGCUCUCUCCACGGCUGCUGCACCGUAACCUCACAUGGAAGUCACGACCCAGGGAUGUACCUGAGGCCCCAGCAGCUGAGGACAGACUGAGAGUGUGUGUGUUUGUGCGGAUGCGUGCGUGACAGGUGCUUUGGACGGAUGGCGGUCUGUCAGGAGGGCGCGCAGGCGGUGUGAGACACCGUCGUUCAAGAUCCAAGGUUCAGUUUGUUGCUGGUUUCUGGAAAUCCGUGUUCUCAUCUUCAUCUUUUGUUUGUUAUUGUUUCUCUGAGUCGGUUUUGCAGCUGUUUCAUCUGAUCUGCAGCUUUUCAUUUUCAGAUUAUGUUAUAUUGAUGUUAAACAUGGGAGAGGCUGCUCAGAGCGGAGCGUUCCCGCCAUGUAAAGCUUUUUUUUGUGACUGUUUUAUUUGCAUAUGAGAAGAAAAAAAUGUGUAAUGUGUUUGUGUAUUUCACCAGAUGAGUUGACGUCUGGUGUUUUUUUCUUAGGACUCUUUGUUGUUAAAAAAUGGAUGCAUUUGAAUAGAGAUAAAGGAACCUUUUAAUUAUGCAGGAAAUACUUGAUGCAACAAUCCAUCAUUAACAAUUAAAACUAGAAUCUAGAGCUGCAACGAUUAAUUGAUUAGUCGUCAACUAUUAAAUUAAUUGCAAACUAAUUUAUUGAUUAUUUAGUUUAUUUGUUAAUGAAAAAAUUCAGAAUUCUCUAAAUCGGGCUUCUUAAACGUGAAUAUUUACUGGUUUCUCUCCUCAUCUAUUCCCGUAAACUGACUAUCAAGACAAAUGAGGAAACAAUUUUAAAGACCAAACAACAAAUCGAUUAAUCAAGAAUCAAGACAUUAAUUAACAAUGAAAAUAAUUGUGGGUUGCAGCUCUGCUAGAAUCUAAAAAAUCCCAAGCACACCAACAAUCACCAAAUACAUUUAGAGCAUUUUCAUAAUUUCUGACUUUCAUAAAGAGAAGCGUUGAUUUUUUGAUCACCUUCCCUGCAUACUUCUAAUUUUAACAAACAAAGGUUCAGGAGAGGUAGAGCCAAAGAAAUGACAAAGAUGCACUUCACAUGAUGUAACGCUACGCUGUGAUUAGUUAGAUUAUUUUUUCCAACAGCAAGGAAGUCUUGCAGAACAGUGCCAAUGAAUAUAUCAGAGACAUUUCAGUGUUUUAGUUGUCAGGUGACGAUCUCUGGAAAUCCGUGAGCAGUCAAACUUGUCAGAAUCUCAUGUACUGCAUGUUUCUCUAGGGUUUUUUUCUCCACUUGAAGAUAAACUUCGGUAUUUUUAGCCUGGACCAUAUCUCCCCAUGUUUUUGUGUUUAAAUGAUUAAUGGAGAUAAACUUGGGUGGUAUGUAAUAUUUCACACAUUCCUUACUUUCAGAUUUUCAAAUUAAUAAAUACACAAUAGAAACCCACAAAAUA